CUUUACAUUCAUUUUAAAUAAGUUUAUGUUGCAUACUUUAGGGCAAACACGUUUAGUGCGUAUCUCAACCCGUCAGAUACUUUUCAGGUCGGCUGAUGCCCCAGUUUCUUUUUUGGGGUAGUUCGGUCAGUGCCAUUCCCUUUUAUCAGUUAAUAAACCGCAGUUGCGGUUUCCAUGCUCAAAAACAAGAAAAGCUUUUCGCAUUUUUUAAAAGAAGAGCAUUCAAAUGCUUAUUAAUCGUUUGGCACUCGAACAAUGGGCAGCGGCGAGGUGAAAAUAUCUUUGGAGGAUUCCCCCAGCUCCGGGGAGAGUUUUGCCAGUACAACCAGUGGUCCAUGUUGCGGUUCUGGCAGGGAUUUGGAUAUUAAGGUGGAUGAAAGGGACAACGAGGACGAUCAGUUCCAAUCGAGAGCCACCAGUGAAUUGCAAAAAUCCAAGAAAACUAACAAGAAAUGUUCCAGCGAUCUUUCGACGGAGAAUAGCUAUGCUGCCAACAAAAAUGUAGCUGAAGGUCUAAUGGAUAUAGCUUUGCUUUCGGCGAAUGCGAAUCAGUUGCGAUUCCUGAUCACCUAUAACGACAAGGCUUCCACGUACAUAUACAGCAUGAUUAUGGUGAUACUUUCCCUGGUGCUGCAGCUUUUAGUUGGUAUAAUGCUGAUCUUUAAACGACGUCUCAAGCGAUUUAGGAACCGAAGUUACGAAAGAACCAACGAUCUGCUGGUAAUGGGAGUUUUCAUGAUCACAGUGAUCAACAUUAUGCUGGCCGCAUUUACCACAACGGAUCAUUAGUGAAUUAACCAUACUAUA